CCCCCCUGCCCUCCGCCCCUUGGUCGCGCAUCCCCCCUCUGAUCUGCUUCAGACCCCUCCCUCAUCCAAGAUGGACCCGAACACGGCGCAGACUCUCGAAGAUCUCGAGAAGCACAUCUCCCUGCUGCUGGAGAACAACACCGAGACCGUCAAGAAUGCCACCGACUACCUGAACAAGAACUACCUGAAGUCCCCGCAGAGCGUGCCGGCCCUCUGCCAUCUGAUGUUCAACUCGCCGAACCCGGUGAUCCGCCAGAUGUCCGCCACCCUCCUCUUCCGCCAGGUCACCCGCUAUUGGAUCCGCGUCCCUGAGGCCGAGCGCAAUGCCCUCAAGGAGACCAUGCUCAACCAGAUCGUCUCCGACCCCUCUGAGGUCGUCCGCCGGGCCAUGGCCCGUGUCGUGUCGGUCAUCGCCAAGCACGAGGCCGCCAGCAACACCUGGCCGCAGCUCUUCGACUUCCUGAACCAGUGCUGCAUGUCGGCCGACGUGUCCCACCGCGCCCUUGGCCAGCAGCUGUUCCUCACCUGCUCCGACACCAUUGCCGAGACCCUGCGCAAGCACUUCCCCUACCUCUUCCAGAAUGUCUUCGCCCGUGGCCUCAAGGACCCGGAGUCGCUGGACAUCCGCGUGACCACGGCCCGCACCAUCUCCCGCCUGUCGCUGUUCCUCAAGAGCAGCGAGGAGACCAUGCUCUUCCAGAACGUGGCCUCCGACCUGCUGGCCACGCUGGCGGCUUGCAUCGCCGAGGAUGACUCCUCCAACGCCAUUCUUGUGUUCGAGGCCAUCGACGAGAUCCUGGAGCAGCCCCGCCCCCUCUUUGCCAGCCACUACAUGGAGCUCAUCAACAGCGCCAUGUCGGCCGUCAUCAACCCCGACCUGGAGGAGGACAUCCGCCACCGCGCCCUGACCAUGAUCAUGUGGCUGUCCCUCUACAAGCGCCGCGCCCUCACCUCCACCAAGAAGAUCCCGGAAAUCGUGGCGCGCAUCGUGCACAUCCUGGCCGAGCGCGAGGAGCUCGUCCGCGGCGAGAUCAUCGCCAAUGAUGACCCCGACGCGCCGGACCUCUUCAGUGUCGCCUGCGAGACCCUGGACGCCUUCGCGGCCAAGCUCUCCCCGACCGUCAUCGGCCCCAUCAUCCUGGACCUGCUGACCCAGGCCUUCGCCCAGGGGGUCGACGCGCCGGCCAUGCGCGCCGCCACGCUCAUGGCCCUGGGCCUCAUUUCCGAGGGCUGCGCCGACUUCCUCUUCAACAACCACGGGGCCUUCUUCGGCCUCAUGGUCCGGGCCCUGGAGGACCCGGUCCCCGGGGUCCGGCAGCUGGCCUGCCUGGGCCUGGUCCGCCUGGCCACCACCCUGCAGGAUCUGAUCACCGUCAGCCAUGCGGAGAUCAUCCCCCGGCUGAUGCGCAUCAUGGACGUCGACACCACCGACACGGCUCGCGAAAAGGUCUGCCUCUGCCUGGAUGCCAUCUGCGAGAUCAUCGGCGAUGGGGUGCUGCCCUACCUGGAGCCGCUGUUCCAGCGCAUCGGCGCCCUCCUGACCACCACCAGCCGCCCGGUGCAGCAGUCCCUGCUGGGCAUCAUCAGCUCCCUGGCCUUCGCGGCCGGCGAGCGCUUCAGCCCCUACCUGGACCAGGUCAUUUCCAUCUUCCGCACGGCCCUCAGCAUGACCGCCGAGGAGGAUGUCGAGCUCCGUGCCGCUGGCAUCAGCUCCCUCGGGGCGGUGGCCACCUCGGUCGGGGCCGACCUCUUCCGGCCCUACCUGGCCGAGUUCCUGGACCAGGUGAACCUGGUCUUCCAGGAUGACAAUCCGGCCCUGCGCGAGGCCAGCUACGAGUUCUACUCGUGCAUUGUUCGCGCCUACCGCGACGAGUCGGCCUCCCUGCUGGAGGUGGUCGUCCCGCGCAUGUUCGAGUCGGUCAGCUCCGAGGCCGGCAUUCAGCCGGUGGUGGACGACCUCGGCGAGGCCGAUGACCUUGACCCGGAUGCCGAGGGCAACGGCGAGUUCCUCCACUCGCAGUUCAUCAGCUCGGCCCCCUACCUGUAUGAGAAGGUCCUGGCUGUCAGUGCCCUGGGUGACAUGUGCAUGCACGCCCCGGCGGCCUUUGCCCCGUACAUUGCCCGGUCGGUGGAGCUCCUGGUCGAUCAGGCCGAGUACUUCCACGCCUCGGUCCGCCUGGCCGUGGCCGUUUCCCUGGGCCAGUUCAUCAAGAGCUCGCGCAACCUGCAAAUGGGCACCGUGCCGUUUGAGGAGAACAAGAAGAAGGAGAUCACCCCGGAGCUGCAGGAUCUCCUGAACAAGAUCGUGCCGACCGUCAUCGAGAUGCUGGUGGCCGAUGUGGAUCCUGAGGUCUCUCGCGAGUGUAUCUCCAUCAUCAGCGAGAUGCUGCGCCAUGUUGGCCCCUGCCUGCUGACCGAGGAGUCCUUCUCCGAGAUCUCCACCAUCCUGGUGAUGAUCUUCAGCGGCCAGCUUCCCUGCCAGAUGGACGAUGAUGAUGACGACGACGAGGAGGAGGACAAGAGCCACGACGGUGGCGAUGCCGACAUGUCCGAGUUCGAGCUCAUGAUCCUCGAGUCCGGUGCCGAUCUGGCUGGCUCGCUGGCGCUCACCUACCCGGCGCAUUUCGGUCCUGUCCUGCAGAAGGCCUACCCCCACCUCAUCAAGUUCGGCUCCCCCAAGAGCACCGACCACCUCCGGUCCAUGGUUGUUGGCUGCCUGGCCGAGGUUGCUGAGGGCAUGAUCCACCCCCAUCUGGCCCCCUUCGCCGAGAGCAUGGCCACCGGCUUCAUGAGUGCCUUCAGCGACAAGGAGCCCGAGGUCCGCCGCAAUGCCGCUUACGGCCUGGGCUGCACCUACUUCAAUGCCCCGGACAGCCUGCAGGCUCACGCCCAGUCGAUCCUCAUCAGCCUGAACAAGCUCAGCCACGACAAGAGCGCCGAGGUCAAGGACCAUGCGGUUGGCGCCGUGGCCCGCAUGAUUCUUGCCACUCCCGAGGCUGUUCCGCUGGAGUCGAUCGUCCCCACCAUUCUCAAGAACCACAUCCCCCUGAACCAGGUCGACGAUGAGGGGGAUGUCAUCUUCAACUGCCUGACCCGCGUGCUGGCCCUCCGCCCGGAUAUCAUCAACGUGGCCCAGGACGAUGCGCUGGCCCUGCACCUGGUGUCCAACACCGCUGCCAUGCUGUCCGUGUCGGACAUCCGCACCCCGGUCAUCGAGGCUGGCAAGGGCUUCCUGAAGGCCGUGGCCGAGGCCAUGGGCCUGGACAAGUUCAAGCAGCUGGCCGCCACCCUGGACGCCGGCAAGCAGGCCCUCCUCGGCCAGCUUCUCUUCAACUAAGCAGUGGGCUUCCUCUCGACCACCGCGCCUUCCCUGAGGAGGCGCCACAACAACCGUCAAGAGGAGGAGUGCGCGGGGCCGGGGCCCGGGGCCCGGGGGAGGCCUCGCACGGUGUGCUACCCUGUGUGCCGCUCGCUCUCCCCCUCUCCCCUGGCGUUCUCCCGCCUCUCCUCAUCUCGCCUCUUUCCUCCGCCAUGUGCAUCACCCCCCUCCCCCCCGUGUGCACACAUAGAUCCCCUUUUCCCUUCACACGUCCACAUGUGCGCGUCCCCCCCUCUUUCUCCCCUUCUCGCCCCUCCAGGAAAUAUACGCUCCGUGUACGAA